AUGUCAUCUCAACAUCGUCAAAAAUGUUCGUACGGUGGCGAAUGUAAAUUAAUUGAAAAUGAUUCAUGUCAUGCAAAUGACUUUGAACAUCCAGAUUUUUGUCGUGAUGGUGGCCGUUGUGAAAAUAUGAAUUAUGAACAUCUAAAAGCUUAUCGACAUGUACCUUUAUGUCAAUAUCGUCGUCAAUGUCUCGAUUAUAAUCGUGGAACAGUUGAUCAUUGUCGAAAUUUUCGUCAUUGUUUAUCCAUGUGUCGUUUCGGUCAUUUUUGUGUAAAAUUUCAUGAUGAAAAACAUUUAAGCCAAGAAAAUCAUCCAUUUCAUCCACCAUGUCCAUUGACUCCAUUCCAUUGUCGACAAUAUAAUAGUUUAUGUGAUACGAAAAAUAUUAGAACAUUAUCAAUUGAGGUUCAAAAUCAUUGCCUACAAUAUUCACAUGUAUGUCGAUACGGUCGUCAAUGCUACGAAACAGCGGAUAUACAUUGGAAAAAUACAAUUCAUGUUGCUCGUAAUAUCUGUUUAAAGAAUGAUGCAUGUACAGAAAUCGAUCAAGAAAAUCAUUUAAAUUCAUUUUCACACCCUGGUAUAGCUGAUAUUCGUCGAUUUUGCCCUUAUCCAGGCCAUGAGUGUCGAGAUAGACGAAAACUUGAACAUAUUAAACAAUAUCGACAUCAUGGAAAUCAUGAUCGUAGUGGUGUUAUUAGUUGUUUUGGACAAAACAAAACGAUUAAUUUUGUUGAAAAUCAAGAGAGAAUUGUUCAAGCAAUAAAAAAAUAUGCAAAAAGUUUAAAUUCAAGAGAUACAUUAUCGAUUCCGUUAGAAAUUCAAAAAUGGAUUAAAGGUUUACAACCAAUUCAUCGAUGUUCAAAAGUCAUUUUUGAAUCAAUACUUGUUCAUGGUCAUGUCAUGUCUCGUGAACAUAUGGAACAUUUGAAAAACCCAUCGUUUGUAGCUCAAGCUGUUCAAGAACAUAAACGUGUACGAGCUAUUUUUGAUCGCUAUAAAACGCCAGCAAUAGAGGAUUAUGCUAAAGAAUAUAUUCGAGCUAUUGUGUUUUUGGAAUACAGUAAAAAACAUGGUACCACUGCAAUAACUGGAGCUGCUAUUGGUGAUUUAUUAAUGCCAGUUACUCAUGAUGACUAUGGUGAUACUAUACGUAAAAAAGAAAGAAUGUUUCAAAGUUUGAUGAAAUUGGAAGAAGUUGAAACAAUAAAAAAAUGUGCCAUUGAUAUUGCUGAAGCCUCAUGGAAUCUUCAUAGUUCUCCAAGUGGUAUUGGAUAUUCGAAUGAUAAAGAAUUAGGUACUGAUAAGCAUGUUUUUAGCGUUCUCGGACCACAUCUAGGACAUUACUAUGGAGAUAUAUUUCUUGUUUUUAAAAGUGAAGUAAUGUUUCAUCCGGAUGCUAAUUUUUCUCCUCAAGCAGCUACAUCAUUCUUGAGUGGAAGGACAUUCACAAAUCGACCAUGGGUUCAAGAUCCUGGUGCACGUUCCGCAAAGAUAAAAUGUUUUCAUGAAUCAAAAUUACAUUGUGCUAUACCUGGAUAUGAAUAUGCAGCAGUAGCAGAACUAAUAGCCGUAUCAGGAUUACAGAAGAAAACAAUGGAUAUUGAUCUGAAAACCAUUUUAAAUUAUUGGACGAAAGCUGAUUCACAUCAAGUAUUUGAGGCUCAUUUACCUCGAUUAGUUCCACUUGAUUAUAUCGAAGAAGUAUAUAUACCAAAAAAUCUUUUUGCUUCACUAACUUCAGCAGCUCAAGAAUCGGCUACAAAAGUUUUUCGUGAUACACUUCAUAUUACAGAUCAUAAAAUUAAUCUUACUGAUACUGGUGGUGGAGUUUCACCCUUGUCGGAUAAGAGUCGUUCUGAAUAUCAAGAUUUUGUGAUUGGUAUAUUAAUGAAAAAGAUCGAGAAACGAAAAGAACAUGCAAAACAUUUUCGUGGCUUUGUUCUUACUCUAGCACCAAAUCAAUUUACAGAUCAUAUUGUUUUACCAUUAACAAUAAACGAUGCUCAUAAUCAAUAUCUUCGAAUUCAUAAACAAAGUUCAAAUUCUAAUGUUGUAUAUAUUUAUUGGGAAACAAUGUAUGGUGAUAUGAUGGUUACUCUUUCGGAUGAACCAAUUAUUCCCGAUGAGAAACAACCACAUAUUCGAUGUCUCGUUUGUUAUAUUGCUGAAAAACCAUCAAUGACAACAACCAGUUAUAAUGAAUCAUAUUCAUAUUUAAAUGCUGGUGAACCAUAUCGACAUGGUAUUAUUAAGACUAAUGGUCAAUGUUCAAGUAGUUCACGUUCAUUUCAUCGUGGUUGUAAUAUGGAAGAAUUUUCAAUGUAUUGUCUUAAAAUUGAUAAGCAAACAGGUCAAGUAAUACUUUCACAUGCUGGACCAAAUAGUAUUUAUUGUUAUGAAACAAUAGCAUGUAAAUUUUCUAAAAUAUCUCUUGAUUUAAACAAAUUACAAUAUGUUCAUGUAAGUGCUGGUUCACACAAAGUGCCUAUUCGAGAUUUAAUUAUUAGUUUUGAAGAAAUUUCUGAUUUACAUCCAUCAUUUGAUAUGAAGUUUAAACGAGGUGAUGAUCCUUUUCCUCGUAGCAAAAAAUCUUAUGAUUAUGACCGUUUGACAUCUUCAAAAAUACCAUAUACGACUCUAUCAACGAAGUAUAAAACUUCAAGUUCGACCGAUGAUGUUUUUGAUUAUGAUGUCGAUGAUAAAAAUCUUGAUCCAUGUCCCUAUUCGAUCAAUUGUGUAUUACAAGAAUCGUUGAAACAUAUGAAAGAAUAUUCUCAUCCUUGUCCAUAUUCUGAACUUUGUCGUAGUAAAGACAAGGAACCUCAUCUAACUCAUGAACCUCAUCGAGUAGAACAAUGUUCACUCAAGAGUUCGUGUCAAAAACUUGAUGAUCCUUUACAUCGAGUAAAGUAUCGACAUCCAGGCUAUCCUGACUUUCUUAUUCCAUGUCGUGAUGGAUUGAAUUGUCAUAAUAAAACAUUUGAUCAUCGAACAAAAUAUUCACAUGGCGAAAAGAUUGAAACAUCUGAAUUUAUGUCUUAUGAUACAUCCCAUAAACCAUCAUCAAAAUACCAUCCUGAAUAUCGAGAUACAGAAUACACUCAUGUAAAAACAAGUGAUCAACGAACUCCUUGUCGAUACGGAUCAAAUUGUUAUGUUCAGAAUAAUUCCGAUCAUUGUUCAGAAUAUUCACAUCCUUGUGAAUACAAAUCUAAACAUUCAACUAGUUCAAGUGUUAAACGAACACCUUGCCGUUAUGGAAACAAUUGUUGGGACAAAAAUAGUUAUCAACAUUGUUUGGAAUAUUCACAUCCUGAUGACGAAUAA